UUGUGAAAAUUGGGCCCAACCUUCUCGGCCGAAAAAACUGGAAAUAAUCGCUACUUGGCUCUUCUUCUUCUUCCUUCCUUAUCCAACACUACACCAUUGCCAUGGCGGGAAUCACCGGUUUCAACCGUCCCUGCUUCCGUCCCCUCUCUUCCUCUCUCUCCUACUCUUCCAUCCGUUUUCCUGCGCCGCAGCUCAGGCUUCCGCGCCGCCUCUCUACAUUCCCCAGGAUUUACGCGUUGACCAGCAACGACAUUAAAGUUGGCCUCAACAUUGAAGUGGAUGGAAAUCCGUGGAAGGUUAUUGAGUUCCUUCAUGUUAAACCUGGAAAGGGGGCAGCUUUUGUACGGACCACAUUGCGAAAUUAUGUGACUGGGAAUCAAGUUGAAAAAACUUUCAGAGCUGGAAGUAAGAUAGAAGCAGCUGACAUAUCCAAAGAAACCAAGCAAUACACUUACAAAGAUGGUGCCCAGUAUGUAUUCAUGGAUUUGAAUACAUAUGAGGAAUCCCGCCUGAAUGCGGUGGAUGUUGGAGAUAAGGACAAGUGGUUGAAAGAAGGCAUGGACUGCAAUUUGUUAUUCUGGAACGGGAAGGUCAUUGAUUUUGAACUUCCCAUAACUGUGAAGUUGAAGGUGACUGAAGUUGAUCCUGGCUUAAAGGGCGACACUGCUCAAGGAGGAUCAAAGCCGGCAACUGUUGAAACUGGUGCUGUGGUAUCGGUUCCAUUGUUCGUAAACACUGGUGAUACCAUUCUGAUAGACACCAGAACUGGGCAGUACAUGAGCCGCGCAUAGCCUGCUUUUUAUCCUUCUUGGGAGGCUUCCAUGAUUUUGAAAUUGAAGAGUACUCAUCUAGUUCACCAGCAUCAAUAUUUUGACAAUUCCUAUCUACUGAGGUAUCGUGUGUAAUGGAAACCUCCUUUAUAUUUCUAAUCAUGCAUAGAGGGCACAAUAUGUAGAAUCAAAUGAAUUCAUUCCUGUAUAUGUUGCAGAUUAUAUAUUUACUGAGUAAACUGCUGAUGCAUUA